GCAGCACUACUUGUUAUGAUUAUUGGCACCAUCUUCUUCUUCAUCACUAUCUUGCAGCACUACUUGACUAUGGUUAUUGGCACCAUCAGCGUUCCCCUUAUCCUGACGCCCCUCUUAUGCAUCGAUGACAGUGACCCAGUCCGAGGCCAGAUAGUAUCUACCACCAUCUUCGUCUCUGGCAUCAUCACUCUCUUACAAGCCUCCUUUGGUACCAGGCUGCCUAUCGUGCAGGGUGGUACCUUCAGCCUGAUGGUGCCCACUAUUGCCAUCCUCAACACCAACUUUGAGAGUUGUGACCAAUUGCCGCUGACCAACAUGACUACUGAGGAACGGGAGGAGGUAUGGCAGGUCCGCAUGCGGGAGGUUCAAGGCGCCAUAGCUGUGUCUGCUAUCUUUCAGGUCGUCAUCGGUUUCACAGGGUUGAUGGGCAUCCUGCUAACAUGGAUCACGCCCCUAGCCAUCGCUCCUGCAGUGACACUAGUAGGACUCUCACUGAUUAGCGUGGCGACAGAAAAGGCAGCACACCACUGGGGCAUCUCCUUCAUGACGAUGGUGCUGAUGAUCGUAUUGUCUCAGCACAUGAGGAAUGUGGCUGUGCCUUUCCCCACCUACAACACAAGCUCUGGCUGUGGCGUCUCCUACGUCUAUAUCUUCAAAAUCUUUCCGGUGCUGCUGGCAAUCAUGCUCUCAUGGGGGUUAUGUGCAAUUCUUACGGCUACUGGGAUGUUUGCUGAGGGUAGCAAGGCCAGGACUGACAUGACUACGGACCUCUUCAGUGACUCUCCAUGGUUCAGGCUCCCUUAUCCAGGUCAAUGGGGUGCGCCAACAGUGUCUGCGUCUGGGGUGUUAGGCAUGCUGGCUGGUAUCUUUGCCUCCAUAAUUGAGAGUAUCGGCGACUACUACGCUUGCGCCAGAAUUGCAGGAGCUCCACCGCCGCCUACUCACGCCAUCAAUCGGGGCAUUGCUAUAGAGGGCAUCGGGUGUAUAAUAGCAGGAUUGUGGGGUACAGGAAAUGGAACUACAUCCUACUCUGAAAAUAUUGGUGUUAUCGGUGUUACAAAGGCCAUGUCUACUCUUGUCUCUGGAAUGCCUUCACCAGGGAUAUUUCUUGGAUCAGGGGACGCGGGAAACCCCCCCCACACUUCUGCUCUCCGCUCGCCUUUGGAUCAUACCGAUGACAUGCACGUGGACUACGUAUCUCCGCCACGAUGGACGUCCCCCAUUAACCCUUCGACCUCCUCCUCGUCACUGCAACUACUGACUCACACGUCAUCAAACUAA